UGACGUUUUUCUACUGCUUUGUGUGUGGUCCAGCUUUUUUGUUUUGUACAAUUUAAGUCAUUGCGGUAGAAUCUCUUCAUUGUUAAUCUCUUAUAAAUUUACUUUACCUGAUUGACAUAGUUGGUUAAUAUACAUGGAGGAAACGGAAACUGUCAUCGAUAUCAUUGAUAUUAGUCGUGAGCUCUAUGACCUUAAGAACAAGUAUGAACGAUUGAAAGAAGGCCACCGGAAAUUACUGAUUGUUAACCAAAAUUUAGAAGAAAAGCUUCUUCAAAAUAUCAAUAAAUACGAAACAGAAAAGUUCUCAAUGGUCCAUACUAUUUCAUCACUCAACCACCAAUUAGAAGAAUUCCAGAGAAUUAAUAAAAAAUUGGAAAGGUUUAAACUAGACAUCUCUGUUGCCAUCCAAUUGCUCCAUUGCAAGCCAUCAAGCUUUUCUGAAUGCAAACUUGAAAAUCUUCCACAAGAGUUUCAAGAUAAAGCAAAGUUCCAUAUGCAACAAGAGUUUCUCCCAAGAUAUAAACCAGAGAAGAAAGGAAAAGUUAUUCGGGUCCCAAUUUCUGCUUUCCCUUCAACAACUGUGAUAUACUCAAUACCUGAUGAUAACGACGAUGAUGGUGGGGAUAUUAACACAAAUACUACUGUGCCUGUCGAGACUAUGGCUAAAGUGCUGAAUGAAAGACAAUUAGAGCUUUACGAUCAAUCAAUCAAUGGAUCCAGCUUACAGUUAAAUUGUAAUAAUGGUCUCCAUUCAUCUCACUCCAUGUCAUUCAUGGAUAAUGGGUUGCAAUAUGUAGACCAUGGAACACAAACGUAUCCUAACUUCAUCGGGGAACGAGAAAAGACGAGAAACACUUGCAUAUUUUGUCAAGGAGAACCGUCGACAAAUCGACCUGAAUCAAUUAAAAGUCAGUCUAACUUACCUUUAGGAGACCCUAAGGUGUUCGUGUAUACAGAAUCAGAGAUCAGUCCGGUAACCGUGCGGAGCACCAGCAAUAGUUCUAAGAAAAAUGCUGCUAAUACUCACAGGCGCAAAGUUCUGGCCAACAGCAGUAGUGUAAGCCCAAGCUACAGCAGGUCGUCUAUGGAAACGGACAUAUAGUCAACGGACAAUUUUGCACAAAAUCAGUGGAGCCCUCCAGCAGUAAUUGAUUAAUUGCUACAUUUUAUUUAUGAAGACUGCUUGUAGUCGACUUCUUUUUAUUAAAUCACUUCAGUGAUGAAAAACUAAUAAUAAUUUAUGAGCUUGAUACUUGCAAAGUGAUGGAAUAAAAAAUUUUAAUUUAC